AAAAGUGUUAAAAACUUGGAUGCAUUAAAGUUAAGCCUAAUUAAAAUUAAUCAAGAAACUCAAAAAGGAAAUCAAAUAAUUACUAACAUUGUGCUGAAAAAACGGUGUGGCCCAGGAUGCGAACGGGUCAGUGACACGGGACAUGGCCGAGGGCUGCGAGGACUCUGCCGGUGCCGCUGAAUCCACAACGUCACAGUCACAGUACACACACAGUACGCUGGACAAGAUGCUGGGCACUGUUCUCCCAUGCGAGGCGGCAAUUGGGGCAACACCCGGUGGCAGUAACAGCAGUAGCAACAGCAGCAACAUCAACACCGGCGGCGGCAACACCAGCAACAGCAACAACAGCACCAGCGGUGGCAGCAACAUUGUCAAGCGGGAGUUCUGCGAUGGAAGUUUAAUGCCCAGUGCUGGGGCCAGUGUUAACAAUAAUAAUAGCACCAUCACCAACAACAACAACAACAACAGUAGUAGCAAUAACAACAACAACAAUAAUAAUACCAAAUUGCAGGCAUUGAUUUGCAAAAGCAACACUGCCAACAACAACAAUAGCAACAGUAACAGCAACAGCAACAAUAACAACAACAGCAGCAGCAGCUCAUCGUCCUCGUCGUCGUCCUGCUCCUCAUCCUCCUCGUCAUCCAGCUCCGCCACCAGCACGCUGACCAGCUGCACCACCGCCGCCGUCGUGCCCUCCAACUGCUCCACGAGUGCCAACAAGUCGCCCGGCUCCGUAUCGCCCUACUCCCUCGGCCUCGGCAUGGGCCUGGGCCUGGGCAUGGGCAUCGGAGCGGGUGCGGGUGCCAGCCCGAGUCCGCUGCGCGAGGCCAGUCCGCUGCCCAGCAGCCGGUCGCCCCUGGGAGCCGCCGCCGCGGCCGCCAAGUCGCCCUGCAGUGGAGCAGCUCCAGCUUCGCCGCCGUCGGCCUCCUCCAACAGCUCGUCGCAUGUGUUGGCGCUCAACAUCAAAACCGAGUCGGACUUUGACAAGGAGAUCAGCUGCCACAAGAUCCACUCGCCCACCAGCAGCAGUCACGCCCAUUCCCUGCACCACCACCACCAUCACCACGGUUUGGGCCGCAGCAGCAAUCGUGAUGAUGAAAUGGAGACCACGGACGGCCACGCCCUCCUGUCGCCCCCGCCACCCUCUCACUCCCACUCGCACUCGCCCUUCGACAGCAAGGAUCACGUCAAGGAGCUGGAGUUCUACAAGAAUCUGGCGGCCAAGGCGGCUUCCCUGGCCAACCAUCAGACCUCGCCGCCCCUGCCCAUGCCCCUCCCACUGCCCAUGCAGAUCGACGGGGAGGAGGACGAGAACGAGGGCGACGGUGAGGGAGAGGCGGAGACGGAGGAUCAGGACCAGGCGGCCGAGGUCCUUCGAAUACGGCGUGAAGAGCAGGCCCAGGCCAAGGCGUUUGCGGCUCAUCUGAAUGGAACUAUGCAAGACAUGAUAAAUUUGCAAAAAUUACAAAAUUUGGCAACGCUACAACAGCAUCAGCAGCAGCAGCAACAGCAGCAGCAACAUCCGCAUCAGCAUCCGCAUCAUGGACAUCAUCAUCAUCCCGCCACGGCGGCUGCAUUGGCAAGUCUUCAGGGCUUAGCCGCCUCCGUGUUCAAUUCGCCGUUGAAUCUCAGUGUGGGCGGAGAUCCACCGACAACCGCAACAGGACCAGGAGCCGGGGCAGGCGGCGGACCAACGGGGGCAUCCACAUCGGCCUCACCCACCCACAACGGCGGUGGCAAAACGGGCAAGACGGCGAAGGGCGGCAGCUCGGGGAGCAACACCGGGGGAUCUGCUACCAACUCCGGCUCCGGCUCGAGCUCUGCCCAACAGCAACAGCAGCCGGAUAAUCCCGCCAGCAGCAGCUCGCCGCACGCCCUCAGCGCCAGCACUCUGGCCAAUGUCCUGGCGGCGGCCACCGCCUCGCCACCACCCGCCCUCCAGGCACCGCCAGCCAGCGCCCAAAUGCCCCAGCUGAUUCUGGCGUCCGGGCAGCUGGUGCAGGGCGUUCAGGGUGCCCAGCUGCUCAUACCCACGGCCCAAGGCAUCGCUGUUCAGACCAUUCUCACAAUACCCGUGAGCCCGCAGAUUCCCACCACGGAGCAGUUUCUGCCCAAUGCCUUUGGCGCCUUUGCCAGUUACCAGCAGCAGCAGCAGCAACAACAACAGCAGCAGCAACGUGACUUGCUGCCACCGUCGCUGGCCGCCUUGCAACAUGCCAGUGCCCUGCCCCAAUUGGCCCAAACCCCGACGAAUUUACUCAAACCGAAUCUGUUCUCCACGGGCGUGCAGCAGCUGCUCACGGCACUGCAUCCGGAGCUCUUUGCCGCCGCAGCAGCCACGCACCAGCAGCAACAGCACCAGCAGCAGCAGCAACAAGUGCAGCAGCAGCAUCACCAUCAGCGGGAAAGGGAGCGCGAGCGGGAGAGAGAGAGGGAAAGAGAGCGGGAACGGGAAAGGGAACGUGAACAACACCUGGCCAUCGGUCACCUGCCUCACUCUCACUUGGCCGCCGAUCUGAGACGCUCAGCGGAUCGAUCUCCGCCAGCACGUUCACCUUCCGGCGGUAGUCCUGGACUGCCAGCCAAGGCAGCACCACCUCCGCCGCCAGGAGCCGCUUUUCUGCUGCAGCAACAGCUGCACAUCAAGCCCGAAACGCAGACCCACCUCCACCAUCACCUGCAGCAGCAGUCCUCCCAAUCGGUUUCCUCGUCGAUGCCGCAGAUCAGCCUGCGUCAUCCGGACGAGCUGACCGCCCCGCAGAUGGACCUCAAGCCGUUGGAACUUGGAGGCAGCAGCUCGCCACCAGCUCCACCACCACGGCAUCACUUUGGACACGGUUUGAGGGGCUCUUCGGCAGUGUCGCCCAAGCACAGUCCGCAGGGCAGGAAUCAGGGCAACGCCUCCGCUGGAAUGAAUCUCAGUCAGCAUCACGAACGGCUGGAGCGAUUGGAGCGCCAAGAGCGACAUGAGAGGCGUUCCCACACGCCCACGGCGACAGCCACAAGGGCGAGCGUAACAUCGAGCUCGGGCGGAGGUCAUCUGUCAGCCGGUCGACUCUCUCCGCCGGUGUCAGCGCCUCCCAACUCGGCGGCCACCAGCAUCAGCGACAGAGGCUACACUUCCCCCCUAUUCCGUACGCACUCGCCUCCGGGCCACCCCCUCUCAAUGGGCGGAUCCCCGCGUCUGGAACGGGACUACCUGGGCAAUGGACCAAGCUCCGGAGCAGCCACCUCGACCAGCAACUGUGGAGCGCCGGCGAUAGGAGGCUCCAGUGCAGCGGCCAACGUACUUAGCAGCAUCAACAGACUCAAUGCCUCGAAUGGCGAACUGACCAUCACCAAGUCCUUGGGAGCACCAUCGGCUACGGCUACGAGGGCCUCGUCCGCGUCGCCCCGAGACGAUUCACCGGGUCCGGGACCAUCAACCUCGGGCGGAUCCAUCAUGCAGCCGCUCAAGUUGAGCCCCUCGUCGCGGAGUGAGCCGCCGCACAUGUCGCCCAAUGGGAACGACAACGACAACGACCUGCUCAUGGACUCGCCGAAUGAACCCACCAUCAACCAGGCCACCACCAAUGUGGUGGACGGCAUCGAUCUGGACGAGAUCAAGGAGUUCGCCAAGGCCUUCAAGCUGCGGCGACUUUCGCUGGGCCUCACCCAAACGCAGGUGGGUCAGGCCCUGUCGGUGACCGAAGGACCCGCCUACAGCCAGAGCGCUAUUUGCAGCAGUGCACUCGCUGCGCAGAUGUACGCCGCUCAACUAUCGACGCAGCAACAAAACAUGUUCGAGAAACUGGACAUCACACCAAAGAGCGCACAGAAGAUCAAGCCUGUGCUGGAGCGCUGGAUGAAGGAGGCCGAAGAGAGCCACUGGAACCGCUACAAAUCCGGGCAGAAUCACCUAACCGACUACAUCGGUGUCGAGCCGUCGAAAAAGCGCAAGAGAAGGACAUCUUUCACGCCCCAAGCACUGGAGCUGCUGAAUGCGCACUUCGAACGGAAUACGCAUCCAUCGGGCACGGAAAUCACCGGACUGGCUCACCAACUGGGCUACGAACGGGAAGUGAUCCGGAUCUGGUUCUGCAACAAGCGGCAGGCUCUCAAGAACACGGUUCGCAUGAUGUCCAAGGGCAUGGUCUAGGGCCAGGGGCCCUUGUAAAUAGAUUAUUCUUGUAUAUAGCUAGGUGUAUAAGUGUACGUGUGUAUUGUGUGUAUUACAGUGUGAUAGUUGUAAAACCAACUAGAGUUUAACAGUUAGGCCAUGUAAAAACAGUGUGUCAUAGCAUUUACAUAGGACAUCGGCUGACGGAGGGCGAACCACAACCCGAAACCCAAAAACCCAAUCCAAUUGAAUAUCUAGAGACUAAGUAUUACUUAACACUUAUCAUAUCCCAAAUAGCCUAAAAGUAGUCUAAAGUCCCACGGCAGACUUGUGCAGUUUUAGGCCAAAUUUUAUCACAUUGAUGUGCCAUUCCAAAAAAAUGAAACAAAAGUUAAAAUGAAAGCAAAACGAAACCAUUUCAUACCGCAUAACAAAUUUAAAAUUAAUUGUUUAACAAACAUUCAAAAUGGAUAACUGCAUGAAAUUAAUGUAUGACCCCGGCAGUCUAUGAAAUUCUUAAAAGCUCGCAAGAAAUGAGUAAAAAUAUUUGCAUUUAAUGCGUUGGCUAAACUUGUAUACUGAAAUGAAUUUGAUUUCAACCAUUUAUAAAACAAAUUAUAACCUUAGCAACUAGCCAGUUCAUUUUCGGUAAGAAAACUCUAUAUGGUAGCACUCAAAGGACAAGCAAAUAAUAAAGACAACAAGUGUUUAGGAUAAGCAACUUUAUGUAGCAAUUUAAAAUCAUGAUUAAAAGAACAAGAAACGAACAAAUAUUUCCACUACGAAAUUUAAAUGAUACACAGCAAAAACAAAAUACAAAAACAGCU